AUGUCCAACGACCCGAUGGAGACUACCGCACAUACCCCAAGCGACGCGAUACCAUCCAACAAUUCAGCCCCCAUAUUAGAGAAGGCCGAAGAAGGAAGCCCACCUCAACAUGGCGGCUCAUACAGCCCAUCCGACAUCGAGCGACUCGGCCGCGAACGCCCCUCAGCCUUCCGCUCUCUCCCUCAUGAACUGGGUUUCUGCUUCGCCCUGCUAGGCUCCAUGUUUGUAGCCGAGUACAUGAUCUCCGGCUUCAACAUCCUGCUCCCCGACCUGACCUCCGCUCUCGAUAUCCCAUCCAACGCGCAAACAUGGCCAGCCUCCGUCUUCUCGCUUGUAACAGGAGCUUUCCUACUGCCUUUCGGCCGGCUGUCUGAUAUGUUUGGAGGAUACAUUGUCUUCAACAUCGGGUUGGCUUGGUUCUUGAUCUGGUCGAUUAUAGCUGGUUUCUCACAAAACUAUGUCAUGCUUAUCGUAUGUCGAGCGCUCCAGGGUUUCGGUCCUGCGGCAUUCUUGCCUAGCGGUAUCAUGCUGCUGGGUUCUAUCUACCGCCCUGGGCCGCGCAAGAACCUCGUCUUCAGCUUAUACGGUGCUUUUGCACCGGUGGGCUUCUUCACUGGUAUCUUCUUCGCUGGUGUCGCCGCUCAGUUCAUGAGUUGGGGCUGGUUCUUCUGGAUAGGAUCGAUCAUCCUUGCUAUUGUGGCCGUUGCGUCGUACCUUUGCAUUCCCAACCCGAAAGCAGAGAAAGAGAAGGCGAAACAGGAAGGAAAAGGAGUGAAGAUGGAUUGGUGGGGCACGGCAACUGUAGUCCCAGGCUUGGUUCUGGUCGUCUUUGCGCUCACGGAUGGAAGCCAUGCACCACAAGGAUGGGCGACACCUUAUAUACCCGUCACCUUCGCAAUCGGUUGGAUCUUCCUGGGUUUAUUCGUUUACAUCGAAGGCUGGGUCGCUGAACAGCCUCUCCUACCCCCUGAUCUAUUCCGUGUCAAGGGUAUGAAGCCACUCGCCCUUGCGCUGUUCUUCCAGUACGGCACCUUCGGCAUCUUCAUCUUCUAUGCGAGCUUCUAUAUCGAAGAGGUCGCCGGCGCCAGUCCGCUGCUUACCGCCGCAUGGUUUACACCCAUGUGUGUUGGCGGACUGAUUUUAGCGACCGUUGGCGGGUUAAUUCUGCACCUCCUCCCAGGCCGCAUCCUCCUCCUUAUCAGCGGUACCGCGUACAUUCUAUCGACGCUUCUAUUCGCCAUUCUCCCUGUUGACUUCAACUACUGGGCCUACAUCUUCCCCGCUAUGAUCUGCGCUACACUCGGUAUCGACAUCACUUACAAUGUCGCCAACAUCUUCAUCACAACCUCGCUACCAAAAGCGCGUCAAGGGCUAGCGGGAUCUUUCAUGAACUCAUUGUUGUUCUUGGGUAUCGCAGUUUUCCUUUCGUUUGCAGAUCUAGCGGUCAGCGAAACGGAGGAGAGGGGACGAAGGGGGAGUUACAAGGUGGCUUUCUGGCUUGCGACUGCGCUUGCUGGCGCGGGCUUGAUCAUCAUGUUCUUGGGCGUUAAAAUCGGCAAAGCGAAGAGUGAUUUGACUCUUGAUGAGAGGGAAGAGCUGGAGAACGAGUUGGUGAGAAGGAACACGAAUGAGUAA